AUGGCUUCUGCUGCUGACAUUGAGAAUAUCGUCAAAUCUGCAUUAGAGCGACAAGCUCAACAGAUGCAAGCCCAACUCGAGUCUAGAGACGAAGCCAUCGCAAGGCUCAUGUCCCAGGUGGAGCUCCGAGAAGCCCAGCCAUUGGCUUCCUCUUCCCGCAAGCCAGCUCCUCAGAAGGCUCAACCAAAACGAUCUCCAGUUCCAGUCAAAGAACCCCAAGCCAGUACUUCAAAGGGGAAGCAGAAAGCUGGCACUCCCAAUAAGUCCAACAAUUCGAACCCGGCCAACUCGCAGAGGACUCCCACUAACCAAUCAAAGCGUGUCGUCACUCCAAAGUCUGACUCCCCUAAGGUCAACCCUCUUCAGAUGAUCUCGCGGAACAUGCCAGAGUCUUUUGCAUCCACAAGAGAUGCCCUCUACGUUCACAUCAAGCUGAUUUGGAACCUCAUCGAGCAAAAGACAAUCCCAAGGCCUCCUCACCCCGACAACUUGAGGGAAUUUAACUCUCGCUUUGCCAACGCCGAAGAUAUUGAAAGAACGGCCGAGGAUACGUUAAGUGCUGCCCUGAUCCCAGCGAACGAAGUCGUGACAUUUAAGGAUCUCAAGACCGGACGUAAGAAGGUCAGAAAAGGCCUGGUCAAUUUGGAAGAGUUUUUCAUCAGCUACACUCAGUCCGUUCUUGCUCGUCUUGGAAUGCGCUCGUGGGCACCUGACCUCGAAGACAUCCCGGAUUUGCUGUACAACGAAGCUUGCCGACAAGCUGCCUUGAAAUCUUUCCGACAGGCCGCGGUGGGUGGCGCUUACGCCUAUAUGAAUGUCAACAAGAAGUAUGUGGCAGACCUCUCGCUUCUGAUACCGGCGUACAACCAUUAUGUACAUUAUCUGCAAGCUAGCCGGUACAAUCGGGAAAAAACUCAGACCGGCAAGUUUCGAAUGGACGAAGAGCGGAAAGUAAUUUCAAAGGCACGGGAAAGACUCCGUGACUCGCGAUUAAAAUUUGCCCUUGCUCAGGCUCUUCCAAAGCGAUACCAGAAGAUAAUAUCCGAUGUCAACUGUCACAGCGAUGACGAAUAUGACCCAAAGCUGAAAGCUUAUGUCAUUAAGACUUUGAGAUUCCGGUCAGCCAAUGCCACCAAAUUUUUCCGCCGACUUGAUGCCGCCAUUCAAACAUCCGACGAGCUUGACGGCAAGCGACCGCAGCGACGCCAGCGCAUCGUUCCAGCAACUCCGCACCCCUCCCAGUUUCCUAAGCCACCAAAAGGUCAACCACUUGACUUUUACAAUCCUGAUUGGUUCAACGAACUUCUGCCUCAACAGCGCAUGGAUGUUGCCAAUACUCGUGAAGUCGCAUUCCUGCCCGACGCCUCUCAAUCGCUCAUGGGGAAGAGGCUUGCAUCCGAAAAGUUAUCUGACAGAAAGUUCAUUGCACAUUUCUUCGAUCAACUGUCUAAACCUUAUGAUCUCACUCACGAGAUUGAAGAAAAUGGCGAAGACGAUGAAUCGACCGAUGCUGAGCAGGAUGCCGGCUCGGGCGGAGAGGAAAUUGACUUGGAGGGUACAUCUGACGAGGAAGACGAAGACUAUGAGGAGGAACAGGAAGACGCGGACUUCGUCGAUGACUCUAUGCAAACUUCUGAUCGUGACAACGAUGAUGGCAACAACGAAGAGGAAGAGUUUGCACGCGAGGCUCGAUACAAUGCCAUGUUGGUUGAUGACGACGAGUCGGCCUGGUCAUAA